AUGAAGAAGCUAUACCGUAAAGGCACGGUGCAUCCAUCGCCACCAAUAAUAUCAGACCACCUGUCCUUUCUUCCGGCCACCAUCCUCACCCUCACAGCAGCUCUUUCUCCAGAGGACAGAGAGGUCUUGGCCUAUCUCAUCUCCUGCUCGAGCAAUAACAAUAACUUCUACAUCAACUGGUCUAAUAUUAAUCGCCGCAAAAGUAGUUCUCAUCAAAAGACAACUUCUUACACCAAGAACAGCAGCAGCAAUAAUGACCACCCUCCUAUGUUCAACUGUGACUGCUUUAGGUGUUACAUGAGUUAUUGGAUUAGAUGGGACUCCUCUCCUAAUCGGCAGCUCAUUCAUGAGAUUAUUGAUGCUUUUGAGGAUUGGUUGUUGAAACAAGGUAAGAAUAGUAGUAUUACUAAUGCCAGUGGUAACAAGAACAGGAAAGACAGGAAAAGGAAGGGAAAUAAUCAAGGGUCUGGUGACUUGAUCGCGAAGCAGGAGUUGAGAAUGAAGGACAAGCUGGAUGACUCUGAUUCAGUGGAUGAAAAUAGCAGUGGUUGUGGCGGGAGUGAAGUUGGUGGCGGUGAAGAGGAAGGUGCAGAGAAAGGGUCUGUGAGGAGGGAAUCAGUCAAUAAUAAAGAUCAUUUCGGUGCAGGUCCGACGCCUGCAAGGCAACAAGAAGCUCAUCCACAUUUACUAACCCACUUGAUCAGCUAA